AUGCAGUACAUAAACAUAUAUUCAUUUGUUUGGUAACCAGGCUUGAUUAUUAUAAUAAGUCGAAGUGCCUUCCAAAAACACAAAAAGCAUUUGCAGGUUUCCAGAAAAUAUGUAAUCAUUAAAGAAAACAUACAAUGCGGAUGCUUCUGCAAACAGAACAGUGAAACCUUUUCAGGAUUAACAAAACCAGCAGGAACGAUCUAACAUAAAGCUUAUGUCACUGCAACACAGUAUAUGAUAAUCUCAGUGAAAUGUUCUACCCUAAAAGGUCAGUUUUGGGAGUUGUUUAGAUGUUACAUAUAAUUCACCGAACCUUGACUGCUUUUUCAGCAAGCUGUAUCUAACGUGUUAUUGUUGGGAAAUUUUACAGUCUCGGAAUAUUAGCAGAACGUUAUUCCUGUGGAACUCUGACAAUAUAUUUACCAAUAUUGGUUUAUACUAGAGCCUUCAUUCAUUUGUCUAAUUGAUUUCCUGUAGGUAGAUGUUGAUUAAAAGGAUGUACAAAAGGACUUUGUACGGGAAAUUGAAGUAAACUGAAACAAAUUUUGAGGAAAUAUGGCGACCGCACAUAUUUCUGCCGACGAAAAAUCGGACUCUAGCACAUUGACACGUGACAAACUAUAUGUCAAUCCAACUCAUUUAGAAGCACGAUAUCCUGGAACACCACGUGUAAGCCUCACAUGUUAUCCUGGCUCACCACGUGUCAGCGCCAGUUUUCAUGGCAACCAUUCGUCAAUUCCAAGCUUGGAUGCGUUAAGUCUAAACAAAAACCGUCGACGAAGCACCAUACAUUCUUACAAUUUGGUGAAUUACUACGCUCUACCUCAAGAUUCAUCAACCAACAGAAAUAUUAGGCAAAUGACCGAACGAAAAGCUUUAAAAAAUGUUAUAGUUCUCGGACUGUCUUUUAUGUUCGUACACACAGCGUUUGUUUCUAUCCUAAGUUUACAAAGUAUUAUGAACCCCGAAGGAGGAAUAGGAGUCGUUUCCAUCAGCUGCAUUUACGCAACAACUGUCAUUUCGUGUCUAUUGGCACCAUUACUAAUAAACACAAUUUCUGCUAAAUGGACGAUGAUAGUGGCAUUCUUUUUAUUCACUGGUUAUUUUGCUGGAAACUUUUACCCGAAACAGUUCAUGCUAAUUCCACUUGGAUUAAUUUUGGGUAUGCUUGGGGGCCCAUUAAUGGCGGCACAGAUGACAUAUGUGACAACAGUUGCUCUCACGUAUGCGCAUCAUGCAUUGAUUAUAGAUCAAGAAACCGUGGUAAAUAAGUACAUGGGUAUAUUUUGUGCGUUCUAUAGAAGCAGUUAUAUAUGGGGAAAUCUUAUAACGACCCUAGUGUUAUCUAACAAUCAGACACUCCGCUUUGACAAUCUGGAUAAUUUUGGCCCAUCGGGAAAUUUGACAGAAACAAUUCCGAAACACGAAAACGUUACAGAGUACAGAACGUGUGGCGCCUCAUCUUGUCAAGUAAACUCAAUGACAUGGCCUGUGGAAAAAUACGACAUUACCAAUAACCCUUUCACGUUCGAAACAGAAAUACCAGACAGUACAAAAUACAUGUUACUCAGUAUUUACCUCGGCUGCGGUAUAAUGGCGGCUGUCAUUCUAAUGGCGCUGUUAGACAUGAACGUUGGCUCGAAGAAAAUAAACGCUGAUCUAAAAAUAACUACCAAAGAACUUUUCUUUUCGACUAUCAACAUGCUUAAAGACUCGAGAUGCCAGCUUCUGGUGCCAUUGGUUUUGUUUGUUGGCCUUGAGCAAGGAUUCAUCUUUGGCGAUUUUACGCAGUCGUUCGUGAACUGCACGAUGGGAGUGUACAGCCUAGGACCAAUAUUAAUGUGCUUUGGAGGAGUAAGCGCCCUUGCGUCUAUAGUAAUCAGUUGCAUAGCCAAACACAUCAAACGUUUUGCAUUCAUUACUGCUGGUGCGACCUUUAAUGUAGGUCUGUUGAUUGUACUCUGGUUAUGGAAGCCAGUCACCGAAGAUGUUCCGAAUUUCUUUGUAGUCGCUGCUUGUCUAGGACUAUGUGACGCAAUAUGGCAAACCCAAACAUACACGCUAUUUGGCAUACUAUUUGUUGAUAAACAGGAAGCAGCUUUUGCGUCAUACCGGAUGUUCUACGCAACCGGAUGUGCGAUAUCAUUCGGAUACAGUUUCUUUCUGUGCGUACAGACCAAAGUGUACAUACUAGCUGGCAUGCUGACUCUGUCACUGCUAAUGUAUAGUGUGAUAGAGAUGAAAGUACAGCUUCAGAGUCAACACAUUAAAGACAUCGUGGCAUUCUGAGUUAUUUGCGUUAUUGCAAGUUAACAUCACAUCAAAUAAUGAUGUCGUGCUGCAAUAAUUGGGCUAGUAAAUCUGCAUGAUGUCGAAAAACAUCUUUUUUAUUAACAGCUGGGACUUUAAAUGGCAUCGUUUUACUCUAUGUUGUAACAAGACAAAACAAAUUACGUCUAAAACAUCUUUUUUAUUAACAGCUGGGACUUUAAAUGGCAUCGUUUUACUCUACGUUGUAACAAGACAAAACAAAUUACGUCUGAAAACAAAAAGUAGAACGUUUAUUUUGCGGAGCUGGUUUUUCUAGCUCCGGUCCUGUGUAGUCUGAAGUGGAACUGGAGAAAGGUUUAAUUAUAAUGUGUAUGGGUCCGUGAUGAAGCGAACACGUAGAAAUUUAUAAUAGGUCUGAUGCCAUCUAGGCUGCAAAGAGGUAAAAGUAAUCGUUCAAGUAAUAAAUAGCCAUUAUAACUCUUCAAUGGUUUGUCUUUGGGCUUCUUGUGUGUACAUGUGUUGUACUUAAUUGAUGGAGAUAAUCUACAUGGACAAUUUUCACUUCAUUUAUUUUCUCGGUCAAUCUUUGUAUAUCGCUGAACACGAAUGCGAGAGGUGGAGAAUGUAAAUGGUGGCCAUAAAAUGUUUAUGUACACCUAUAUAGUUUUUAUUUUUUUAUUUUCUAUCAUAUGUUCAGCUUUGAUCACCUGCUUUCGUCUGUGGCUCUGACUUACUGUAAUAGACACCUGAAUUAAAUACAAUAUGUCGUUGACACUUUUUCGUGUUAAAAGGUAUUAGGCCUAUAUGUACUUUAAAUUGCAUCAAGUUUUAACGUUACUUAUAACAUAAUAAUUAUAUACCUAUUUAUUUCAAACGAAUAUAUAUUUUAAAUCAUUAGCUGGGCAUGAAACCUCAAGUGUUAUGUAUCCUAUAUAAAUUGUGUCUAUAUAAAAUUUUCUCUAAAUUUUCUCUAAAUUAAUUACUAUUGCUUGUUAUAACUCUGUCUAAUACCCCAGUCACACAUACGGCGCGGAAAGAUAUGUUUAGCCACGGAUACUGAGAAACAUAGUAAUCCGUAUUGAUCCGUACCUCAAAGUAGUAAUCCGUAUCAAUCCGUACCAACACUUGGUCAAAACGUAUUCAAGACUUAUCCAAAACUUACAAGUUUCUCCAACUUCUGAACAUGCACGAAAGUUUGAGCGAUCCUAGCCAUUUGAGCGUGACUUUAGUCCAACUUGGUUGAAACUUAUCCAUCCGUAGAUAAACGUACUAAAACGUAGUUAUCCGUACUGAAACGUAUCUUGUCGUAUUGAUACGUAGCUGAACGUAGUUAUCCGAGGCUGCCCAUACUUAUGCGUAGUUCAACCUAGUUCACCGCGGACCCGUACAUGCGGUGGGCAAGUUGCCAGCCGCAGUAAAACGUAGUUCAACGUAGAACUUAUUCGCGUUCUGUAUUUUUUGUUCCCCGUUUUACACCAUUUUUCCUGUACUAAGACUUAGUGCUCCGUACUUACACAUGUUCCCCCACCCCACGACCUAUCCCAUCCGCACCGUACCUCACGCACGGACAAAUGCGUAUGUGUGACUGUAGCUUAAGGUAUUAUUUACUCAUAAUAACCUUAAUAUCAUAUGAAUAAACCCAUAAUUAAAUGUUUGAAUGCUA